AUGUUAAAAAAAUAUUAUUUUAUUUGCUGGCAAAAGCCUGAUGUAAAAUUGCCAAGAUUCGUUCUUUUACAAGUGCCACACGACCUUCUAUUCUUUUGGCAACCAUAUAAAUUCCUAAUCGAUCAUUGCGAAACAAACUUUAAAAUACAUACUUUCUUUCUUUCUUUCUUUCUUUCCUUCCUUCCUUCCUUCCUUCUUUCUUUCUUUCUUUUCUUCCUUCUUUCUUUCUUUCUUUCUGUUUCCAUUGUUCUUACUUUUCCUUUCGCCCGUUCGUCCUUUCUAUCUUUUUUCUUUAUAAUAAUUCCUUCUUUCUUUCUUUCUUUCUUUCUUUCUUUCUUUCUUUCUUUCAAUCAUUUCUUCUUUCGCUUUCGUCCUUUUUUUCUUUCUUACGAUCAUUCUUCCUUUACUUUCGUCUUUUACUUCAUUUUCAUUUUUUUCUUUGUUUCUUCCUUACGAUUUAUCCUCCUUUCUCUAUAUGAACACAUCUAUCUAUCUAUCUAUCUAUCUAUCUAUCUAUCUAUCUAUCUAUCUAUCUAUCUAUCUCAGUCUGUUCAUUAUCUAAAUCAGUCUGUUCAUAUCUAUCUAUCUAUCUAUCUAUCUAUCUAUCUAUCUAUCUAUCUAUCUAUCUCAGUUUGUUCAUUAUCUAUCUCACUCUGUUCAUAUCUAUCUAUCUAUCUAUCUAUCUAUCUAUCUAUCUAUCUAUCUAUCUAUCUAUCUCAGUUUGUUCAUUAUCUAUCUCACUCUGUUCAUAUCUAUCUAUCUAUCUAUCUAUCUAUCUAUCUAUCACGAUAA